AUGUCUCUCGGCAUCUCUCGAGUAUUCACCCCUGCUCGUGCUCGAUUCGUGAUCGCGGCGGUUGCUGCCCCCAAAGUGCUCGCCUCUUCUUCAACCAGACUCUACUCCAGCACCAAGAGCGCCUUCAACCCACACGAUAUCCACAAUAUCUCCCACAACCCGGAUCACAUCCAGACCAAACUCCCGUCUAAGAAGCAAUUGCGCAAUGCCAAUCGAUUCCGCGAGUUUGACAUGGAGGGCCGCGUGUAUGUCAUCACCGGUGGCGGUCGUGGAUUGGGUCUGUCAAUGGGUGAAGCCCUGAUCGAAGCCGGCGCAAAGGUCUACGCCCUGGACCGUCUCGAAACACCACACCCAGACUUCCUCAAAGCCCAAAACAAAGCCGAAGAAUACGGCGGCGCCCUGGAAUACAUCAAAAUUGACGUCCGCAACAACACCGAAGUCAACAAUACCUUCGCCGCAAUCGCCGCCCAAGAACAACGUCUCGACGGCCUCGUCGCCGCCGCAGGAAUAAACCACCUCCAAUCCGCCCUCGAACACUCCCAACAAGCCCUCGACGACGUAAUGAGCAUCAACUACAACGGCGUCUUCAACUCCGCCACCGCAGCAGCCCGCCAAAUGUUCAACUACCAGCAAAAAGGCUCCAUCCUCCUCGUUGCAUCGAUGAGCGGCCUCAUCGCUAACAAGGGUAUGACAUCGCCCGUGUACAAUUCCUCCAAGGCAGCCGUUAUCCAGCUCGCUCGCUCGCUGGCGAUGGAGUGGGGUCGUCACGGUAUUCGUGUGAACAGUCUUUGCCCGGGACAUAUUAUUACGCCUAUGGUUGAGGAUGUUUUCCAGCAGAAUCCCGCGGCGCGGGCUACGUGGGAGGCGGAGAAUAUGCUUGGUCGGUUGGCUAUGCCUGAGGAGUUCCGGGGCUCGGCGCUGUUUUGUCUUUCGGAUGCGAGCAGCUUUAUGACUGGGAGCACGUUGAUUAUUGAUGGUGGUCAUACUGCUUGGUGA